AAUCCAAAGUUACUCAGCUUUUUUAAUAAGAUAAAAUGAUCCAGCUGAUCAAACGCCUUCCGAAAGUCGAGAUACACAGCAUCUGCCUGCCCUCUAGCGUCGAUUACAUCAGCAACAAAUUGGGCGAAGCAUGUCAGAUUGGUGACAGUCGAUCAACCACAAACAAAUCCGUGUUGGACUUAUAUACUUGUUUAAAUAAUAUAAGAUGUGCUUGAAAAGAACGCUUUCAAAAGUCUUCGAGAAACCACACAGCAGCGAUAUAGGUCCGUAAUUCACAAUCUCAGCACAGUUGCCCUUCUUCAAAAUUGGACAGACGUAUGACUCUUUCCAUAACAACGGAAAGGUAGAAGUAGGCCAGAAUCGAAGCACAGUCCUUCAGUAAAAAGCUCGGUAUCCCAUCAACUCCAGCAAUAAGAGUAUUCUUUGUACGCUUCAACGCAUCCUCAACCUCCUCCAAGCUGUACGCAUUAUAUGCAUCGGUAAUGAGAUGUUUCGAUAGACGUCUGUAGCGUUUAAAUUCAUUCAGGCAAUACAGCGAACCAGUACGCUUGUGCCUAGCGCGCAUAUUCUCCUUCAUGCGAAUACAAUUCUUUACCUCCUUCGUGAACCAAGCAGGCCAACGAUGAUUCGUAGAAUCUCUCACAGUUUUAGGCACUGCUAAAUCAAAAACAUCGUGUAGCUUGUUAUAAAGAAGCCGGCAUGCAUCAUCUAUCAUUCCAAUACCAUCCAGGUCCGAUCAAUUCACCUCACCCAACAUCCGAUACAACAAAGAUUUUACGCAAUGGACGAUAUUAAGCUGCAGAUAAUUAAAAGCAUAUUAAGGUUUCUUCGUGAUGAAAUUGAACAUAGUACUCUUGAUGCCGAGCAGAAAGAGUCUUUGGACGUCGCCCGACAGUGUUUGGAAUCAACAUAUGAGGUUGAUGGAAAUGAUCUUGCAUCUUUAGCAAACGCAGAUGAUUUGAAUUUGAUGUUUAGAGCCAAUUCAGAAGUUAGUGAAGAUAUUAGUAUAAUAGCAGAAGAACUUAAAGUGAAAGGAAACGAUCAGAUGAAAUUAGGUUUAUAUUCAGAAGCGCUGGAUUUAUAUACAAAGGCUAUCAAUUUAAAUCCUAGAAAUCCUGUUUAUUAUUGUAAUAGAGCAGCUGCUUACAGUCGAUUAGAAAGGCAUUGGGAUGCUAUUUCUGAUUGUAAAGAGUCUAUUAAAUUAUCUCGUUCGGCUAAAGCUUAUGGAAGAAUGGGUGUUGCAUAUUCAAAUAUGCACAUGUAUAAGGAAGCUAAAGAAGCUUAUGCAAAAGCUCACGAAUUAGAUCCGUCAAAUGUGACAUACGAGCAAAAUUUGAAGUUAGCCGAAGAACUUUUAACGUCAUCGAGCACAUCAUCUCGGAGUUCAACGGCGACGGCAGCUCCAGGUGCAGCGCCGGCGGGAUUCCCGAACGUGUCAGGGUUGGACUUUAAUAGCUUCAUGAACAAUCCCGCCCUUCUGAAUAUGGCGUCCCAAAUGCUCAACGACCCGUCGUUUAGAUAUAUGGUGUCUGGGAUCAUGUCGUCAGGACCAAAUGACGAGGCAAACAUAGACGCUUUUGUUACAGUAGGUCAACAAUUAGCUCAGCAAAUGCAAACUGCUUAUCCGAAUUUAAUGGAGACAUUAAGAUCCAGCAUGGGUGGAAAUCGAGGUCCAGAAGACGACCAACAGAACCAAGAUCCUCCGAAUCCUCCGUCGACUGGCAAUUAAAUAAUGUUAAAUGUAAAAGAACUUAUAAAAUUUGUUUGGUAAAUGUUUUCUUUUUGUAUCUUUAAUUUUUUGUAGCGCUAUAAGCGUAAUAUAAAUGGAGUAAUAAAUUGUGACAACUACUUUCA